CGGUGACGUCACGCAGCGGCGCGGCGAUGACGCUCUCCGGGACGCGCAGGGCCGCGCUACGGUGCGGCACUCAGGACCGGAGCCAUGGCUCUGGCGCUGCGCUCCCUCCGGCCCCUCCCGGCGCUGCUGCUCCGCCGCUCCCCUGCCCUGGCCCCGGCGCUGCCCCGCGCUCCCGGGGGCUGCCCGGCCCCGCUCCCGGGGGGCUGCGGCCCCUGUGGCCAGCACACGCUGCCGAGCCGACAGCUGGCUACCAAAAAAGCUAAAGGUAAAGGGCAGAGUCAAGCCAAAGUGAAUAUCAGUGCUGCCCUAGUUGAGGAUAUUAUCAAUCUGGAAGAAACCAGUGAAGAUAUGCAGGCAGUCAUAGAAGCUCUGAAAGAAGAUUUCAGCAGAAAUCUCAGUGUUAGAACCUCACCAGGGGCCCUGGAUCACAUAACUGUGGUGACAAAGGAUGGGAAGUUUCCGCUGAACCAGCUGGGGCAGAUCUCACAGAAGUCACCUCAGCUCCUGACAGUGAACAUGACCAGUUUCCCAGAGAGCACAGCUGCAGCUGCAAAGGCCAUAAGGGAGAGUGGCAUGAACCUGAACCCCGAGGUGGACGGGACGGUGAUUCGGGUGCCAGUGCCCAAGGUCACGAGGGAGCACAGGGAGAGCCUGGCCAAGCUGGCCAAGCAGUCCACCAACAAGUCCAAAGAGGCCCUGAGAAAGGUGAGAAGCAAAAGCAUCACCCAAGUGAAGAAGUCCAAGAACAAAGUGUCAGAAGAUACCAUCUGGCUGCUAGAAAAACAGAUCCAGCAAAUGGCAGAUGAGGCUGCUGCAGAGAUGGACAAGCUGCUGGCAGCAAAGACCAAGGAGCUGCUUGGAUAAACACCAUCCCAAUUGUCAAAAACAUCAGAAACAUCAUCCCAGCUGCCCCUGGAGCAGGAAUGGACUGCCACAGCCCCAGCACCCACCCCUGCCCAGGGCCAGCAGCCUCAGGGGUGGGCAGGGGCAGCUCUGUGCCUUGGCUGCUGCCAUGGCCUGCCUUGGGGUGUGCUGGAGGGAGGGGGGAGCUCUCCUUGUGUCCUUUAUCCAGGAGGGAACGGAAUUGGAUGAACUGAGAUCAAAAAUAAAAUACCAGGAAGGAGAACUGGAAACUGCUGGAGGCACAGAGGAAGGACUGCCCUGCUCACUUUGUGCCCCAUCUUUGCCCCACAACUUCAGCCACCCACGAGAGGAACCUGCCUGUCCUGCUGCAAACCUCAGCACUUAUUUCUGCCUGAAAUAAAGUCCAAAGGAGGUGUGGAGCAGCAGCCUCACGACA